CACAGUUAUAUUCUCUAGAAAAAUACAUUUUACAUAUUAUCCUAUCAUAGACUUCAAUGCAUAUAGUUGUUUUAAGUCUUAAUUUGCAGUGGGAAGCGUUCCAAUUCUGUGACAUAAUUUGGUAAAUAAAACAGUUUUUCGGUGGUUUUAGUGUUAGUUUGUGUUUAUUAUAGUGAGCCAGUGUUGUGAAGAUGAAAGUGAAGGAGCUGAAGAGGACGGUGAAUGUGUGCUGGUCGCCGGCUGACCACUACCCGGUGACGAUCGCGGCCGGCUCUGCAGCGCAGCAGGUCGACUCUUCGUUUAGCUCAAGUUCCUACUUAGAGCUCUAUUCCUUAAACUUGGAAGACCCUGGACUUGAUUUAGAACUUAAAUCCAGUUUGCAGACAGAGCACAAAUUCCAAAAAAUAGUAUGGUCUGGAGCUGGUAUAUUAGUUGGAGGUUGCGAUGGAGGGCUCCUAGAGUUCUACAGUUCUGAGAAAUUGAUUCAAAAUGCCCCCGAUGCACUCCUCGGUAGCAGUACCAAACAUAAUGGUCAUGUAUCAUCGUUAGACAUAAAUCCGUAUCAGAAGAACUUGCUUGCGUCCGGGGCGUCGGAGAGCGAGAUCUUUAUAUGGGACCUGAACAACACGAGCCAGCCUAUGGCGCCUGGUAACAGGAACCAGCCUUACGACCAUGUGCAGGGAUUGGCGUGGAAUCAACAGGUGCAACAUAUUCUCGGGUCCACAUUCGCUACGAGAUGCGUUGUCUGGGAUUUAAGGAAGAACGAACCUAUUAUGAAACUAAGCGACUCUCAGUCCCGGACGAGAUGGCGUUCCCUAGCGUGGCACCCCAACGUAGCGACACAGCUGUGCAUUGCCUCCGAAGACGACCAGGUGCCCGUCAUACAGCUCUGGGAUUUGAGGCUGGCCGCGUCUCCGCUGGUGACGUUGGAGGGUCACCACAAGGGCGUGAUGUCAGUGUCCUGGUGCAAGCAGGACCCUGACCUACUGCUGUCUGCCGGGAAGGACGGGAGAGUACUCUGCUGGAACCCCAACGAUACUAAACCUGGCGGCGCGUUGCUGACGGAGGUGAGCCAGCAGCAGCAGUGGGUGUUCGAGGUGUCGUGGUGCCCGCGCGCCCCCGGCCUGCUGGCCAGCGCCGCCUUCGACCAGCAGCUCGCGCUGCACUCGCUGCUGGGCGGCUCCAGGCCCGAGAUUUCGAGCCAGAACGCGAGCAACAUAAUGGACUCAUUCGGCGGGCUGGACUCGUUCAGCGCGCUGCCGGCGGUGGCGCGCGCGGCGGCGCCGGCGACGGCCGCGCCCGCGCAGCCGCCCGCACCGCCCGCCUGGCUGCGUCGCCCGCGGGCUGCCAAGUUCUCCUUUGGUGGCAAAUUGGUCACAUUCGACAAAUGUCCACAAGAGGCCGGACCACAGAAACUAGUCUACAUAAGUCAGGUCGUUAGUGAACCGGAGAUUGUAGAGAAGGCAUCUGAGUUAGACGCAGUCCUGGAGGCCAGUCUCAGUAACGACCCCGGAGCCACUGAGAGACUCGCUGAAUACUGUCGUCAGAAAGGUGACGCGGCCACGGACCAGAAUGAACGCUACACGUGGUUCUUCCUGCGCGCUAACUUCCUGCCUACCUUCCAAACUGAAGCGCUUAAUUUACUUGGCUUCAAACAAGAUGAAAUAUCAUCAAAGUUCAAGAGUCCUAACGUGCCGACGGGCGAUGGCGCUCAACCAGACUUAGCUGCUUUGAGUAGAGGCGAGUCCACGGAGACCGAGGCGGAGUUGUCUACAGAUACCAGCACUGAUCUCUCAGAUGCUCACACACUGAUAGAGAGGAAGCUGGCAAACCUUGACAUCACCCCGCCGCCGACAGUCUCCAACGUGGUCAUUCCUAAUGGAGAAGAUUCGACGAGUCUGAUCUGCCGCGCGCUGGUGGUCGGCAACUUGGAGGAGGCGGUGGAACUGUGUCUCGAUGCUAAGAGGAUCGCCGACGCAUUGAUUAUCGCUUCAUUGGGUAGCCCUGAGCUCCUCCAGAAGGUGCAGAAGUACCACCUGAACUCUACGGCCGGGUCCCCCGUGUCACUGGUGGCGGGCAGUCUGCUACUGGGGGGCUGGGGGGGACUCGUGGCUAGUGCUGCGCCCGCCAGUUGGAGGGAGACCCUCGCGGCUAUACUCACGCACUGCGACCAGGAGACUGCCAGCCAUUACUGCGAGUUGCUGGGGGACAGGUUGUCGAAGGAGAGCGGCGCGGGGUUGUCGGAGGCGGCCAGCACGUGCUACCUGUGCGCCAUGAGCGCGGACGCGCUGCUGGCGCGCGCAUGCGCCGCGCCCGCGCCCAGCCUCGACGCGCUGGCGGCGCGCGCGCAACUGGCGCUGUUGGCGCGUCGCGCGGCGCAGGCGCGGGGCCGCCCCGUACCGGUGGGCGGCGCCGUGGAGGCCGUGCUGUCGCAGUACGCGUCCCGGCUGGCGGCGCAGGGCUGUCUGCACGCCGCGCUCAGCACGCUGCAGCCCGUGCAGCACUCCGCGCUCCGGGACCGACUGCUGCACGCGCUCGGACAUCUGCCGCAUAGGGCCAGCCAGCCCCAGCCCCAGCCCCAGCCGGGCCGCGUCCACAGUGCAGCCCACCCCCGCCGCCCCACGCACUCGGAGUCGGCGUAUGCUCCUCCAGUAGGCGCGUACGAGCAGCCAUGGGGCCAGUCGUCCGUGGCGGCCCCCGCCCUGUCACAGCGCGGGCCCUACGCUGCCCCCGCGCCGCCCCUCCAGCCCGUGGCCCCGCCCCCCGCGCUGCUGCAGCCACAAGCCCCGCCCCCGCCGCAAGCGCAGCCGGCGCGCCCCGGCAGUGUCGGGCCGCAAGGAGGUAUCAGUGCGCGCUCCAAAUACAAAGUGGAUCCUUCAGUACAAUCGGCCCCGCUAUACAAUCAGUACAGUUUCAACAACCCAGUGACGUCACAACCUUACGGAGGUUUCAAUAGUCCUUUACCCGACCAGUAUGGAGCUACUAGCGUUCCUUCAUACAACUCACCGGGACCCAUGAACCAGAUGGGCGGGGCUCCGGGACAAAUGGGCGGGGCUCCUGGACAAAUGAGCGAGGCCCCGGCAGUCAAUGGCACGUACUUCAACCCGGUGCAAGCCCGUGAACCUGCAGCCCCCUUAGCUCCGUCGAAGCCUGUACCACCAGGUUGGAACGAUCCACCCAUGUUGUCUUCGAAACCUAAGCCGAAGCAGGAAGUAACAGCACAGGCACCGAUCACGCACCCACUGUUUGGGGUGGAGCCUCCCCAACACGUGCCACUGGCGACCCCCGCCCAGUACCCGGGCCAGUAUGCACAGGCCGGACAGUUUGCACAGGCCGGACAGUAUGCACAGGCCGGACAGUAUGCACAGGCCGGACAGUAUGCACAGCCCAACCAGUACGGACAACAGUAUGGCAAUUCCUACCCUGAUUACCAGGCCCAGAAUAUGACGCCUGGUUAUCCGCAAAAGCCGGAGAGUCCAGUCCCCGCGGAGCCCGCCAUUCCGGUCCAGAAGCCGCCGCUGCCGGAGCAGUACGCGUCGCUGCAGACCGUGUUCGAUGCCAUCCGGACUGAAUGCACCAACAGGGCCACUAACCCUCAAAUGAAGAGGAAAUUAGAAGACGUUCAAAGAAGAUUGGAGACUCUUUAUGAUAUGCUACGGGAGUACAAGUUGUCGGAGAGCGCGUGCGCGUCGCUGGCGUCGUGCGCGGCGCAGGCGCAGGCCGGCGAGCUGGGCGCCGCGCUGGCCGUGGCCACGUCGCUGGCCACGGGGCCGGACUUCGCGGCCGUGGCCAGCUUCCUGCCGGGGCUCAAGGCGCUGUUCCAGCUGGCCGCGCAGCUGCAGGUGUACGCGCGAUGAACUCGCUCGACUCUGUACCACUCACGCACUGACUUAGCUCGUUUACACCCCUUAUACGUCGUCGUCAAGAGGUAAUAGAACUUGGGUUAUUUAAAUUUAUACUUCUGAACUUCCUAAGUGCACCCCAGAGUCGAAGGUAAACUAUUCCGGCAGCAAGAAGUCGGUUUUCAAAGUUCAUUUUGUAUUUAGUGACUGAAUUAGUUAUUUACCGAAUUUGGUUAUUGAGAUUUGCUGUUAUCUGUGUUCAUAUAUUCCAUAUAAGGGGUGAAAAUCACUGACCAGCGUAUUCCAACUACACAAUGUUCAAACGUCUAUUGACGAUAACAACCACGGAGUUCACUAAACACAACUCUAAUGCUGAUUAGAGUUUAAAAUUAAUCUCCCGUAUCACGAUAUUGUGUAAUCGUAUCAUAAUGACUGUAUUCCACUUGCUCCGUGGCCUCAUUAUUAUAAAAUUAAAUAUAUUUAUUAAAGGAAUAUUAAUGUUAUACAACACAACUGAUUUUGUAUAAGCUCCAGCACAUGAAGUUAUCCUAAUCUCUCAAAAAGAUAUCAACUUAAACAUUUUACAAUAAAGUUAAAAAUCUUUGGACUAUGUGAAAGUAUUGUUUAUUUAACUCGUACACCGCGCACACAGAUCAUGAAUGUGAGUCCCGGUGUGGCUUGAAACUGAACAAGCUUGGGGUUAUUUCAUGUGCUGGCAUAUUUUGUAUAAAUGUAACUCAUAUAAACAGGUUUAUUUAUUUGUGUAUAAUGGGUUGCAGGUCAACCUACUCUUUUCUGUCAAAUUUCUUUAUUCGAUUUUCGACUCUAUCAUUUAGAUAUAAAGACGAAAAUUCAAUGACAUAUCGGAGUAGGUUGAAGUGCUGGCAACAGUACAAUUGUAACCAAUACAUGUGAGGCAUUUGGUACUAGGCUAUAUAUAAUAAGAAGUUAGUAUAAAUGGCAAAUUAUAUUUAUCUUUACGUCUGUACAUCUCCGAGAGCUAUAGGCGCUAUGUGAUGUUUGCAUUUUUAACAGUCUUUGCAUAGUGUUAUCUAAUUUUCUAUUUAACUUACCUGAGAGCUCAGUACGUGUCUGUGUUACGUUUAACGCAUCAACCGCUUCAUGUCUCUGCACUUCCCUAUAGUUUACUAUCAGAGAAUGCCUUAAGGCAUUAAAUCUGCCAUUCACUACAAUUUUUGUAAAGAAGUUAAUAAUCAAUAAAUUAGUGAGUUCGAACGGAGACCGCGUUCCGCCCUCGGAUUGGUUGAUUCAUUGAAUCUGACCAAUCCUUUUUUCUUUUCUAUUUUUUUUAUAAAACUUUGCCCCACACAAUGAUUUUCCUAUGUGAAAACAUAUGUUUAUACAAGUUCAUAUACA